AUGCCACCGGUCUCGAAUGAACCCUACACAAGUUCCCCUCCGAUCUAUGACGUCACGAGUUACCCCGCAAGAAUAUCUGAGUGGAAGUCUUGUAAAGCAGGAGGCAUUGCGAUGGAGUUGUGGCGGAAGCGCGUGGUGCAGACUCGCCCACAGUACGGGCAUGUUACAGUCAGAAGGCUACUCGGUUUGAUAGCUGAGCACAUACCCACCACGCAGACUAAGUUUGUUGAAGUCUCCGUUGAGUAUUGCUCGACUUCGGCAUACACCUCUCAUUAUCUGUCGAUGUCGAUAGAAACGCAUGAACAUGAGUACCCUAAUGGCAGUUGGCAAAUGCUACUUGUGUAUGAGAAGACACCAGUACAAAUCUCCCAGAAUGUUGCGGUUGAUGCGGUUACAUUUGGUGCACAACGAUGUUCUCUCUCCAACGUCAGCGUUACGAUGAAUCCCAGCCAGAAGAGGAGCUAUGUCUGGUUCGACUUUGUAGCCGGACAAGAAUUGAUUGUAUGCCAGAUAAGAACUUGGUGCAUGCGAUCGGCGGAAAUCCGAUAUAGGCACGUAACGCAGCUUCUGGGCUUCGGAAACACUGUCUCGACAUUCUCCAUAAUACUGUAUGACUUCGAAACCUCUGUGGCGCAAGCAGAAAGUGCUGUCGUAUGGGCUGCCUACAUCCGAAUGUCUGCUUGCCUCCAUCAUCCUACUGGUGUUCUCUGUCCUGAUUUACAGCUCCGGGAGUUGGAAGACAGCCCAUUGUCGAAUCCUGUGGGAUCUUGCAAGUGGUAUGGAUUUCUGAUAAGCAUCACGAACGGGAUGUGGUCGCAGGAGUGA